UUACAGUAUUAUAUUAGGAAGAGAAAAGAAGUUUUAAGUAUAAGAAAAAAUAAAAAUAAAGAAUAAAAAUACAAUCGAACGUACAGUGGUGGUUGAACAUUUAAUACAUUCGAUUCGUAUUUUAAACCGUUCCUUUUCUUUGCUCGAACGAUUUGCUGCUUGUCUUGCUCAAGAAAACGGAUCGCCAUUACACUUUCUAGCGUGCUAAUAGUUUCUCUAAGCGAUUCGUUCAUGGUUUAUCAGUCAAGUACAAUACUUUCUGCAUUGCGCAAUUAUUCAUUAUCCACGUUACUUUAUAUCUUGAAAAAUGAUUUAUACCUUGCUUAAAUCGACGAUCUCUACUGAACGAAGCUUAAUUUUGUUGUGCUUGUUUGUUGUGCAUUUCAAAUGUUCUGUGCUCGUAUGAUCUACCUGUUCGCAUAUGUGAUACACGCGCGCAUGCGCCUACUAUAUUACACUAUCGUGGAUCGUAGAUCUAGUCGAUUAAUUGUAACUCUUGAAGACAGUGAUCAAUCGAUAUCUUACUGAGCGACGCGUUCGAUAACAGUGCUCGAUUACUGUCGAUCUUUGAAUAAAAGAAUCUCGAUUCGUUGGUCGAAAAUCCGACUCGAAUCGAAUCGAAUCGAAUCGAAUUGACGAACGAAUGCGCGAAGAGGUAUGAAAUUGAACAGACAACCGUACGGCGCAUGUAUAUAAUCUAAUAGUAAGAAAUAAAUUGAUUCUAUGCGAUAGAAGAAUGCUAUAUAGGUAAGAUGUUCUUUCUCCUGGACAUAUUAAUAGUCUUCCGCAUUAUGACAGUUGACCUCUGCGUUGAUCCGAUAACGUUUUGACACUUCCGUUCGUUAUUCUCAUCAAUCAUUUCCUACCACAGAAACCAGCAUGCCAUUAGAUAUUCUAAACGACUCUACGAUCGAUCAAUGAUUUAAAUAAUUUUCUGUUUAAAGAGUUUGUUCAAAUAACAACCAAGGAAUAAUAUUGCAAGUCUUAUUUCGUACUGCUCCUCGAAAAAUCUUUCAAUUUACAAUGAGAACGUUAAUUACGCGAUAGCAAACCUCCGAAUAGCAAAUACUUUAUAGUAUCAUCUUCGAUUUUAACCGACCUUGGUCACAAAUAUUUUACAUUUCAGACAAGAAAAUGAAAUGUUUAGCAUUUGACGACCGAACGAUCUGAACAAAACAUGUAAUCGCUUUAAUUAAUAAUUCCACUUCUUUUUCCUAUUCCUGCUUUUUUUUCGAAAAAACAAGGAAAAGAUGAAAGAAGCGAUUCACUGACAUUUACAUCGCUAAGUGAUUCAGUCGAACCGGAUCGUAAUAAAUUUCUAAAUAAAAUAAAUAAAAGAUAUAUGGAAAAGGAGAGAAAGAAUGAAGAGCAUUUGAAAAGUUAAGAUGCAUGUAGGUCACGAAAAGCUGUUGAGCGCAGGUCCGUCGGGAAAGAAACGCGACUUUUCGAUCGUUGCUGGUUGCCUCGCAAAAUACGUCGGUAGGUAGGUAGGUAGGUAGGUUGGUAGGUUGAUAGGUUGGUAGGUUGGUAGGUAGAUAGAUAGAUAGGUCGACGGACGGAACACGAAGAGAACGCCACACGUGUACAAAUGUUGUUGAACAUUUUCUUCGUCACGUAAAGUAAGACAACGAAAUGUCUUUUUUCGCUUGGAAAGGAAGUACACGGUCGGAAAGUGGCGAGCACACUGGACGAAAUUUACAAGACGGUCUUUUUCAAAUAGCCUCUCAAGCUUGCCAUAUAUUGGUACAAGUGAACAAUACGCACAACGUUUCGUACGGAGGAAGCAACAACGUAAAGAAUAUCGCAUACUCAAAAUGUUCCGGCAAAGACGGGGACUCGAUAGGUCUGGCGACUUGUUCCGCGAGCAGAGCACCAGGCUCCUCCGUGAAAUCGUACACGAAAUACGCAAAGGAGCGGGGCAAAGACCAGGAUGUUGUCGUUCUAUUGCCUCAUCGUAAGAGCAGAACGCCUCUGGUUAAACACAAAUUAUCCACAGUCUCGGAGAACGCGCGAUUGGAAUUGAAUCCGUCGAACUGCGGUCACGGUGGCAGUGCCGGUGGCGGAAGCGUCGGCAUCGGCGUCGGCGUCGGCGUCGGUGCAACGAACGUUAACAAUAACGUCGCGGACGACGAUUUCGAACUAUGGGAUCAGUCUGGUUUUAUGUUGAGGCACGACGUGGACGAUCCAUUGACGAGUGGCAAAUGGGGAGGUGCGCAAGGAUGGUGCAAACCGAGUUGCAUCCCGAUUACGGUAAUACUGAUCUUGAUAGUGCUGGUCGUUUUAUUACCGUUGUUGGAUCACGCCGCGGACAAGUACACGUUAAACAACACCAGUUUCGACUUCGACUCGAGCUGUAUGAACGGAUGCAAUUUAUCGCUGGUGGAAAGUUUACCGAUUGGUAUGAAUUAUAGCAACGGCAAUUUUUUCACCGUCGAAAACACUUACGACUCGUGGUUGAGGCUGAUCUCGAUGGCGCAAGAGAGGAUAGAGAUAGCCUCGUUCUAUUGGACUCUGAGAAGGGAAGACGUGUAUCCCGACGACAGCGCGAAACAGGGCGAAGAGAUUUUUGCCUCGCUUCUUCGAGCGGGUAGAGAUCGGAAUAUCGAAUUGACUAUAGCGCAAAAUCAACCCUCGCGAGUCAGUCCAAAUGUCGAUACAGAACUAUUGGCGAAAAAGGCUAAUGCUAAGGUGAGAAGUUUAAACUUUGCGGCUUUACUCGGAGGAGGGGUGCUUCACACAAAAUUAUGGCUGAUCGACAGAACCCACGUGUACGUUGGUUCCGCGAAUAUGGAUUGGCGAUCGCUCACCCAGGUGAAAGAGCUCGGUUUGCUCGUUUUAAAUUGCAGCUGUCUGGCUAACGAUUACGCAAAGAUCUUUGACGUGUAUUGGAUGGUCGGCCAAGAGGGCAAAGUGCCGCCGGCAUGGCCAGAUUCCUUGAGUACAAAGAUCAAUCUAAAGAAUCCGAUGAAAUUCACCUUCAUGGAUAACAAGUAUAAAACAUUUAUCUCGAGUUCACCUCCGCCUUUUUCGCCAAAAGGUAGAACCGACGACAUCGAUGCUAUUCUCUAUUCCAUCGAGAAAGCAGAGAAAUUCAUUUACAUCGCGGUGAUGGACUAUUUCCCUCUGACCAUAUUAACUCCUAAAAUCAGGUACUGGCCGAUUAUAGACGACGCUCUUAGAACGGCGGCUGUCGAACGCAAAGUACAGGUACGGCUGUUGAUCUCUUCGUGGAAGCAUUCAAGAAAAUCGGAGAUCGCAUUCCUGAAAUCGCUGGAGGAUCUGACGGAUAGUUACGCGGGAGUGAAAAUCGAAGUGAGGAGAUUCAUCGUUCCUACGAAUCCAGAUUUCGAUAAGAUACCGUUCUCCAGGGUGAACCACAACAAGUACAUGGUAACCGAGACAAUCGCGUACAUAGGAACGAGCAACUGGUCCGGCGAUUAUUUUAUAAAUACCGCAGGUGUUGGCACGGUAUUCGAAAGUAUCGGCGAUCAAACAAUGGACAACCUGAGACAACAACUGGAGAACGUAUUUCAUCGCGACUGGUACUCGGAAUACUCUUACGCUCUGAAUGAAAGUUCGCAGUGGUCGGAACGAGCGACGAAUACAAUCGUGGACGAUUAUUAUCUGCGAUCGUCCCGCUAUGUAUUAGCGUGACAAUUUCAAGACCGUACAACGAUUCUAGGAUGACCAGCGGACAAAAUUAUAAUCGCGUCUGUCCGAUCCAACGCUCGACGAAGCUUUUAAAUGUCACGUCUGUCGUCAUUGACAAACUUUUCGAUUCCUUUUUUUUUUUUUUUCUUCUUCUUCUUCUUUUUUUCUCGUCUUCUACGAAACGCUCGGCAAAUAUCGACUUCGAGCUGACAUUUUAUUUGUUCCGCCUGUGAUACGUAUGUCGAUGUACAAACACACGCAUACUUCUUCCAUCUUCCUUUGCCAUCUUCUUCCGUCUUGUUUAUUUCGUAUCGUUCCUUCCUCUUCGCUCCCACACCUCGUAUCUUCGUCACUUUCCCACCCCCUUCGCUCUGCGCCCAACGUUGUCUCUUUCAUCGUAUAUGCGCGCGUACGAUUAUCUUCCCAACCCAUCCGUUUAUCUAUGGUCCUCGCGCUCGUCCACGCGCAAACAGGUUCGCACCUACGUACGCGUAUGCAUAAACACGUACACGGACGCGUCGGUACAAGUGUAGAGCCAACACAUAUUCGCACGCGUAUUAAUCACGAAAGACGACUACAUUUGAAAUCUUAAAGCUAUAAGAACGAUCUUAUAUAACGAAUGUCUCUGUGCCUUGCUUAAAGUGCCCUUGCAAAUCUUUUCUACAAAGGAUCGUUUUUUCUACUUAAAACGUAUGUAAAUCGUAACUACACGACGGCCAUCCGUUUAAGAACAGGCCUGUUCAAUAAAUACAAGUCUACUCGAUCGUUUCGAAA